AUGAAUAGGCCUAAGCCUAAGCCUAAGCCUAAGCCUAAGCCUAAGCCUAAGCCUAAGCCUAAGCCUAAGCCUAAGCCUAAGCCUAAGCCUAAGCCUAAGCCUAAGCCUAAGCCUAAGCCUAAGCCUAAGCCUAAGCCUAAGCCUAAGCCUAAGCCUAAGCCUAAGCCUAAGCCUAAGCCUAAGCCUAAGCCUAAGCCUAAGCCUAAGCCUAAGCCUAAGCCUAAGCCUAAGCCUAAGCCUAAGCCUAAGCCUAAGCCUAAGCCUAAGCCUAAGCCUAAGCCUAAGCCUAAGCCUAAGCCUAAGCCUAAGCCUAAGCCUAAGCCUAAGCCUAAGCCUAAGCCUAAGCCUAAGCCUAAGCCUAAGCCUAAGCCUAAGCCUAAGCCUAAGCCUAAGCCUAAGCCUAAGCCUAAGCCUAAGCCUAAGCCUAAGCCUAAGCCUAAGCCUAAGCCUAAGCCUAAGCCUAAGCCUAAGCCUAAGCCUAAGCCUAAGCCUAAGCCUAAGCCUAAGCCUAAGCCUAAGCCUAAGCCUAAGCCUAAGCCUAAGCCUAAGCCUAAGCCUAAGCCUAAGCCUAAGCCUAAGCCUAAGCCUAAGCCUAAGCCUAAGCCUAAGCCUAAGCCUAAGCCUAAGCCUAAGCCUAAGCCUAAGCCUAAGCCUAAGCCUAAGCCUAAGCCUAAGCCUAAGCCUAAGCCUAAGCCUAAGCCUAAGCCUAAGCCUAAGCCUAAGCCUAAGCCUAAGCCUAAGCCUAAGCCUAAGCCUAAGCCUAAGCCUAAGCCUAAGCCUAAGCCUAAGCCUAAGCCUAAGCCUAAGCCUAAGCCUAAGCCUAAGCCUAAGCCUAAGCCUAAGCCUAAGCCUAAGCCUAAGCCUAAGCCUAAGCCUAAGCCUAAGCCUAAGCCUAAGCCUAAGCCUAAGCCUAAGCCUAAGCCUAAGCCUAAGCCUAAGCCUAAGCCUAAGCCUAAGCCUAAGCCUAAGCCUAAGCCUAAGCCUAAGCCUAAGCCUAAGCCUAAGCCUAAGCCUAAGCCUAAGCCUAAGCCUAAGCCUAAGCCUAAGCCUAAGCCUAAGCCUAAGCCUAAGCCUAAGCCUAAGCCUAAGCCUAAGCCUAAGCCUAAGCCUAAGCCUAAGCCUAAGCCUAAGCCUAAGCCUAAGCCUAAGCCUAAGCCUAAGCCUAAGCCUAAGCCUAAGCCUAAGCCUAAGCCUAAGCCUAAGCCUAAGCCUAAGCCUAAGCCUAAGCCUAAGCCUAAGCCUAAGCCUAAGCCUAAGCCUAAGCCUAAGCCUAAGCCUAAGCCUAAGCCUAAUUAA